UCACACAACAGUUUCUCGAGAAGUGUGACUCAGCCGAGCUUUUUUACUCUAGAAAAAUCGCAGUGGUCAAGGAUCCGCGCGACCUUCGCCUUUGCCCUGACGCUAACAAAUCAUACCUUGUAUUGCAACGCGGUUCGAGCAUUGUAUCGGGGAGAUAGAGCCUCACAUUUGUCCCGAUCUUGCACGGUUGGCAUUAUCAUUUGCAUAUAUGAUCACUUUGGUGAGGAGAGUGUGGGUAGAAAAUGGUCAUAGUAUCUCUCGAGAGAGACAGCAAUGGCAACAACCGAUUCCAUGGGUGCACUAGCAUACGUGAGUUUGAAUUCUUGGGUAAGCUUGGUGAGGGUACUUUUGGUGAGGUCUACAAAGCGAGAUCGAAAAAGGACAAUGCUGUCGUUGCUCUCAAAAAGAUACUCAUGCAUAAUGAGAGAGACGGGUUCCCCAUAACCGCGCUUCGUGAAAUUAAACUUCUCAAGAUGCUGUCUCACACUAAUAUCCUACAUCUUAAGGAAAUGGCAGUCGAACGGAGUAAAGGACGUAAAAAGCCAAGCAUGUACAUGGUAACGCCUUAUAUGGAGCACGAUCUCUCAGGCCUUCUAGAGAAUCCUGCCGUUCAGUUCACUGAAGCUCAAAUCAAGUGUUAUAUGCUUCAGCUUCUUGAAGGUCUUAGGUAUUUACAUGAGAAUCGUAUAUUACAUCGAGACAUGAAGGCUGCCAACCUCCUUAUUAGCAAUAGAGGCAUACUUCAAAUUGCUGAUUUCGGAUUGGCCCGACCAUAUGAAGAGGCCCCUCCUCAGCCUGGGCGAGGCGGUGGAGAAGCUCGAAGGGAUUAUACUACGCUCGUUGUGACCCGAUGGUAUCGCCCCCCUGAAUUGCUUCUACAACUCCGGCGUUAUACGACAGCUAUCGACAUGUGGGGCGUUGGAUGCGUCUUCGGGGAAAUGUUCAAAGGAAAACCGAUCCUUGCCGGGAGUAGCGACCUCAACCAGGCGCAGAUGAUUUUCAGUCUUGUAGGCUCGCCUACAGAAGAGACUAUGCCAGGGUGGUCUUCACUACCAGGGUGUGAGGGAGUGAAGAAUUUUGGUAACAGACCGGGAAACUUACGUGAAGUAUUCAAAGAACAAGGUCCUAUAGCGAUUUCCUUGCUUAGUGAGCUUUUGAAGCUCGACUGGCGGAAGCGGAUCAAUGCUAUCGAUGCUUUGAAACAUCCUUACUUUUCUAGCCCACCACUACCUGCUCGACCUGGAGAGUUACCUUCUUUUGAAGACUCCCAUGAGCUUGAUAGGAGAAGAUUCCGUGGGCAAAAGGCACCCAUGCCACCGGCACCUGCAGGAGGUGCUGUAGGGAUCGUUGGCCCAAAUGGAAGUUGGGCAGGUGGUUCAGGGAACAGAACAGGCGUCGAAAGUCGAAAUAGUCGUCUUCCAAACGCAGCCCGUGGUACUUGGAAUAACGGGGCUCAGGCAGUCCCUCCACAGCGCUCUUAUGACAAUCGUAACUGCGAAAUGCACGCAGCUCGAUCGAGGACAGGUGGGGAGGAUUUCAGCCAAGGAGCCUGGCACCGAGGGGGGUUGCCACCUCGUCCGCCAACGUCAAACCACCAGAUGUGGUCUUCCGGUGGCAUAGGUAGAUUGGGACGCGACAGAAGCCACCAGGCUCGCGGGCGGUCUGAAGGGAACCUAGACUCCUACAUUCCAAGCUAUGCUGGCGGAGGCGAACGCCCCUGGGAGAGAGACCACAAUUGGGGCUACAAUACGGAUCGGCGUGACAUCAACAAUAGUGACUCAGCCUACCAACCUGUGCGAAGAGACUUUUCGCGAGAAAACCCGGCAAGACGAAGGAGCCGUAGCCCCUGCUCUAGGGAAGGCGGUCGUGAUGCAGCUAGAACAUUCCAUCGCAGGUGAUUCGGUUUCACCUGUGCCACCAUGGCCCUGCAAUCGCUA